GAGACCUUGUUCCCUUACAUCAAAGACAAUGUGAAGGAGUAUCUGCGUGCUCACUGGGAGGAGGAGGAGUGCCAGCGAGAUGUCGGACUGCUGAAGAAGCAGGCUCAGGAGGACUCCAGCUUGGAUGGGGCCGUGCCAAUCCCUUUGGAGAGCGGAGGUGGAGAAGAGGAGCUGGAGCGGGUCAUCCAGGCAGUCGUAGACAAUGUGCACUGGCAGAUGUCUCUGGACAGGAAGACCACCGCGCUGAAGCAGCUGCAGGGUCACAUGUGGAGGGCAGCCUAUGCAACCGGGCUCAUCAAAGGAGAAAUCUUCAAGGACGUGGUUCCAGCCAUCCGGAAGUGGCGGGAAGCGGGGAUGAAGGUCUAUAUCUACUCCUCAGGCAGCAUUGAAGCCCAGAAGCUUCUGUUUGGAUACUCUACAGAAGGUGAUAUCCUAGAG